AUGCUCUACGAAAAAGACGGGCGUCUGGUAUACUCCUAUGACGGAGAAAAGCUCUGGAUCGAGCCCUGGUCUGCCAAUGCUUUCCGCGUCCGAGCCACCAAGCUCUCCACGAUGCCGACAGAGAACUGGGCCCUGCAACAGCCUCUUCAGACCGGAUCCCAGCCAACAAUCUCGGUUUCAAAGGAACAGGCCACCAUCACGAACGGCAAGAUAGAAGCUGUGGUCACGAACCGCGGCAAAGUCACCUUCUACAACGCCACCGGAACCGUCGUCCUCGAAGAAUACGCGCGUAACCGCCGCGACGUGCUCGACCCAAACUGCAGCGCCAUUGAAAUCGAGGCGCGCGAGUUUAAGCCCAUCAGAGGCGGCGAUUUCCACCUGACGAUGCGCUUCGAGAGCCUCGAUCCAAGGAAGAAGAUAUUCGGCAUGGGCCAGUAUCAGCAGCCGUACCUCGACCUCAAAGGCCUCGACCUGGAGAUGGCGCAGCGAAACUCACAGGCCAGUGUACCCUUUGCCCUCUCCUCGCUCGAGUACGGGUUUCUCUGGAAUAAUCCGGCCACAGGGCGGGCCGUGUUCGGCAAGAAUGUCACCAGCUUCGAGGGCUAUGCCACUAAGGCGCUGGACUACUGGGUUGUCGUCGGGGACACACCGGCAGAGAUUUCAGAGUCUUAUGCCCAGGUGACUGGGACGGUCCCGAUGAUGCCGGAAUACGGACUGGGGUUCUGGCAGUGUAAACUGCGGUACGAGAUGCAGGAGGAGGUCUUGGAGGUGGCGCGGGAGUAUAGGCGGCGCGAACUGCCUAUCGAUCUGAUCGUCAUCGACUUUUUCCACUGGCCUAUGCGAGGUGAAUGGAAGUUUGAAAGUGCUCAUUUCCCUGAUCCAGACGCAAUGGUUCGAGAGCUUCGCGAGCUGCAGAUUGAGCUCAUGGUCCCCAUUUGGCCUACUGUGGACAAACGCUCGCAAAACUACCAGGAGAUGAUGGAGCGUGGCUACUUGGUUCGCACUUGA